UGUGGAAAGAGUUACAGUGAACGAGGGACUUUAACUAAUCACAUGAGAAUUCACACAGGUGAGAAGCCAUUCUCUUGUGGGACUUGUGGAAAAAGUUUCUCGCAGAAAGAACAACUAAAUGCUCAUAUGAAAGUACACACAGGCGAGAAGCCUUUCUCUUGUGGGACUUGUGGAAAGAGUUUCUCUCGAAAGGGCACUCUAAAUGUUCACAUGAGAAUUCACACAGGUGAGAAGCCCUUCUCAUGUGGGACCUGUGGAAAGAGUUACAGUGAAAGAAGGUUUUUAACUCCGCACAUGAGAAUUCACACAGGUGAGAGGCCUUUCACUUGCGGGAUCUGUGGAAAGAGUUACAGUGAAAGAGGGACUUUAACUCAUCAUAUGAGAAUUCACACAGGUGAGAAGCCAUUCUCUUGUGGGACUUGUGGAAAAUGUUUCUCUCAGAAAGAACAACUAAAUGCUCAUAUGAAAGUACACACAGGUGAGAAGCCUUUCUCUUGUGGGACUUGUGGAAAACGUUUCUCUCAAAAAGGUUAUUUAAAUGUUCACAUGAGAAUUCACACAGGUGAGAAGCCCUUCUCAUGUGGGACCUGUGGAAAG